GAGUACCUAACAACAACAACAACACAGUCUCUCUAUAAAUCCACCGACGUUAUAGAGAGACAAGACAACAGCUUUUGCUUCUGACCUGACUCCGCCGCUUCAUCAUCUUCUUAUCUCCCUAUUUGCUCUUCUCUGAUUCCUUGUCUUUAAAGAUGAUGAUGAUGUCGUCGCUUGGUGGUGGUGGAGGAGGAGGAAGUGGUGGUGGCGGUGGCGGAGGCAGGUUUAUGAAUUAUUCUUCGUCUCUUUCGGUUCCUCCUUCUGCUCCUCACUCGCCUAAUUACUCCGGUGGUCUCCGAUCACAGUCUUCUGUCUUCGUUGAGCAGGAGAAGUAUCUUUCAGAGUUACUUGCGGAACGUCAUAAGCUUAUUCCGUUCUUGCCUGUGCUUCCACACGCAUAUCGGCUACUAAACCAAGAAAUUUUGCGUGUAACCACACUGUUGGAGAAUGCCACAGUUUUAAGUCAGAGUGGGCUUGACCACCAUAACCCUCUGGCUUCUGGAGGGAUAUUUCAGAACGCAAGAGCUGACCUGAACGGAUGGGCAUCACAGUUUCCAUCAGAAAGAUCUGUUCCAUCGUCUCCAGGACCAAAUUGGCUUCACUCACCAGAUAGUUCAUCCGGUCUCAUUGCCAAGCGAACAAUCAGGGUCGAUAUUCCAGUCGACAGUUACCCGAAUUUCAACUUUGUUGGUCGUCUUCUUGGUCCUAGAGGAAACUCCCUCAAGCGAGUUGAAGCAAGUACUGAUUGCCGUGUUCUUAUAAGAGGAAGAGGCAGUAUAAAAGAUCCAAUUAAGGAGGAAAUGAUGAGAGGCAAACCAGGAUAUGAGCAUCUAAAUGAACCACUUCAUAUCUUAGUCGAAGCAGAAUUACCGAUUGAAAUAGUGGAUGCACGUCUCAUGCAAGCUCGUGAAAUACUUGACGAUCUUCUUACUCCUAUGGAGGAAACUCAUGAUCUUUACAAGAAACAGCAGCUGCGAGAGCUAGCAUUGCUCAAUGGAACUCUUCGUGACGAAGGAUCUCCAAUGUCUGGUUCUGUUUCUCCUUACAAUAGCCUCGGUAUGAAGAGAGCCAAGACAAGAGAAGCGUAAGAAAAUCAAAUCAAAGAUCUUUGUUGUGAUCACAAAAGGAAUAUGAAACCGAUGCAAUUCGACACAAUAAAGGCAAUAUACCACUCUUGAUGACACGGUACUGUCUCUCUUGUCCCUGGGGAUAGAAUUGUUGUAUAUAUGAAUUAUGAAUGUGUUUGUUUGUCUAGUUAUCAUUGUCCCGGAGAGAGAUCAGAUGACAAAAUUUCUAAGGAGGUGACGAGUCUGUUGAGUGCUGAGUCUCUGUCUCUCUCCAAGACUUUGGGUUUGUUUUUGUUUUAUGUUGUUUUUUUUGUUUGUUGGAAAGUUGGGUUUUCCAAGAGAUUUCUUUCAUAAGCUUUUAUUUAUUUAUUAUUUUAGCAUAAAGAAAACAUUAAAUCAUGAUGGUUUGGUUUGUGUCUGGGUAAUUCGUAAUGAUAGUAAUCAUAUUAUGUUUUUGGAUACAUAAACGUCAAAGUAAAGCUUGUUUCAAAUA